CACUGUACCAUGAACCAUUUUUAUGCAAAUACCUGUCUUCUUUAUUCAGUAAUUAACACUUGUGUGAAAAUACAAUUUUUGUAGGUUUGAAACUAUAAAAGAGACACUUGACUUGAGUCUCGUGCUGUCAUGUGGAUCAAAAAUAAAUAGGAAAUUUAUUAACAGUUGGAACUUAUUGAAAAAUGUUUAAAAAGUAUCUAAUUUGUUUCUUUAUUAUAUUAUUUCUAUUGAAAUCUUCAGCUAAUUUAUUUGGAUAUAAAAAACACCAGCAACAUUUAUGGCCCAAAGAGUUCAAACAAUGUGGUGGCAAAAUGCAAUCUCCAGUUGCUAUUUCAACAUCCAAAGUUAUUGUCUUACCUCUACCUGCUUUGGAGAUGAAUGGAUAUCACAAUAUUUUACCGCGAUUAUCAAUGAUUAAUAAUGGUUAUUCAGUAUCUUUAAGUGUUGAUUCCAAACCCAUGGAUAAACCACUUCCUCAUAUUUUCGGUGCUACGUUAAAUGAUAGCCAUCGAUAUGAAUUAGAAGGUUUACAUUUCCAUUGGGGGAUGAAAAAUAAUCGUGGCUCCGAACAUGUUAUUAAUGGUGUUCGAUAUCCUAUGGAAAUGCAUAUAAUUCAUAGAAACACACUUUAUACGAAUAUAAAAAAUGCUCAACAACAUAAAGAUGGAUUAGUAGUACUGGCUGCAUUUUUCCAACUCCAAGAUGAUGAUAAUGACAAUUUGAAUCCAAUUUUAAGAAAUUUACAGUCAGUUCAGUGGAAAAAUACCGCAGUAAAAAUGAAUAUUUCCAUAACACUAAAUUCAAUAUUACCAAAGAUCAUUGAUACUUAUUACAUUUACAAGGGAUCAUUGACUACUCCUCCUUGCAGUGAAGUUGUGACAUGGUUUAUAUUUUCGAAUCCUAUACCGAUAUCAUUUCGACAGAUGAAUAAAUUUCGACUACUCUCUAAUGGAGAAGAUAUCCUUGCAGAUAAUUACAGAAAAUUACAAGAACUAGGUAAUCGUAAGGUAUAUCUUCGAAAAAUAACAAAUAAUUUUACUUAUAAUGAAAAAUUUAUGAAUUUUAAUUUUUCCAAUUUAGAAUGGUUUUGGAAAUAA